CUGAACUGUUAACAAAAUGAUGAGAGCUACUGUGUUCUGCUUAUUUUUAAUUUAUUUCUCUAUCACCACCGUUCAAGGAGCUGAAAGAAACAGUCGCUGUGACACCGGUUGGAUCCCACUCGAAGACGAGAAAUGUGUUAGAUUAUUUGAAACAUUUGCAACUCGUGAACAGGCAGAAGAUGUUUGUCAGACGCAUGGCGGUACACUGGUCGCGGUUAUGUCGGAAGAACAUCAACGGGUUCUGACCGAAUUAGUUCUUAAUUCAUCCAAUGCCAUCAAUGUUUGGAUAGGGGCGCAACGACGGUCAGGCAAUAGCUCGGAAUUUGUUUGGAAUGAUGGUUCCACUGUUCGACGAUACACGUCAUGGGCUACCGGACAUCCUACCAAUAGUAUUGGGCGAAAUUGUGUGCAGAUGCGAUCGGAAUUGUCGAGGACACAACGCUCUGACAUGGAAUGGGUGGAUAUCGCUUGUGUUAUUGCGAAUUGGUUUAUUUGCCAAAAGUUGCAAAUGUGGUCACCUGAGAAUGUGCAGCAAGCCCUUUUGAACUUAAGAAGGGAACUACGAGACUCCGAUUACAGCGUCUCAAACGAGAUUACCGAUAUGAAGCGACAGUUAGAAGUGGCGCAAACAGAACUUACACAUUUGCAAGCGAAUCCAGUUCCAAUUGGAUUUAUCUAUGUACAAUUGUCGAAUGAACCGCUCCCAUCAACAUUAUGGCCAACCGUUCAGUGGACUCAAGUUACAUCACAAUAUGCUGGACUCUUUUUCCGUGCUGAAGGAGGAAGUUCUGCAGCAUUUGGACAAAUACAAACCGAGGGCAGUCCAAGAUUGACGAGCGUUCGCGGCCGAAUUGCAUUAAGCGCUGCUACAUCGUCAAUUACGGUUGCACCUGGUGUUGCUACUCCAAAUCUUUCCGUCGGCGCCACCGGUGCCACCAACCACUGGGGAAUGUCUUUUACAGUGUCGUCCGCUGAAGUUAGACCUCGGAAUUCAGCUAUCCGGAUAUGGAGGAGGAGCGGAUAAACAGAAGGUGAUAUCGUGAACCUUCAGUUCGUAUGUGAUUAUUUGAAUAUCAUAAAGCUUUUAGUGUGUUAAUAAACGUUUGCAGAACAAGGUGUGA